AUGAAUGUGCUGUGGAUGAGCACAGACAGUUUAGAAAAACCUAUGGAUCUUCAAUUGGAACAGAUGCCUCUGAGUCCUGCUUAUGUGGCUCUCAGCCAAGAAAAACUCAAGAAAAUUAUGAACAUGGUAAAAAAUAAAGAAUUGAGCAUCCAAGGAGCCUUGGAAUUGGCAGAAAAAGAGAAGGGCCCUGAAGAGGAAGGGAUGGAAUUGCAUGACCCAUUGGCUUCCCAGGAUUUCUUGACUGCCACCCAAUUCAACUUCAUCAUCCGGAAAUACAAAAGAUACAGAUGGCAGAAACGGAUUUUACAGAUUGAUUUAAACACCAAGACAAUUUUUAACAUUGAGAAUGGUAUCAUCAGAAAACAGUUCCCAUUUUCUCAAAUCAAGUCCUGGGAAGAUGGAGAGGGGACCCGGUUUAACAUUGCAUUUCACGGACGCCAAGAUUAUGAACUAGAGGCAACUUCCCUAGAAGACAAAAGGAAACUGAUGCAUCUUUUGGAUAAGAUCCUAUGGAAAUCUGCAGAAUCCCCUUUGGGACAGAUUGACCAGCAUGAUGGAGCUGUGCAUGAAGGCUUGCUAGAACUGGAGCAAAAUGGUCUGGAAGCUGCUAAAUGGGUCAAGUGUUUGGUACAGCUCCAUAAAAGACAACUCAUACUGUAUCCUCUUGACCUCAAUGAAGAGAAUGAGAAAACUGAUCUGGAGGCAAAAAUAGUACAGUUGUUGGAUGUGAGAGUCCAUAAAGAAAACCAAUAUGAUGAAUUUUCAAUCCAGGCUAAAAAAGACAAUUAUUUAUUCCGAAUUCCUGCCACAACCCUGAUUAGAAAAAUGGAGGAUGUCACUGAGAUGAGGGACAGAUGGGUCACCCUCAUCAGCCAGUAUUGUGCAUACUCUCUGACUUAUCCAGACCAUCAGUCUAAAUUUCAGGAUGGAAGUUCAUGUGCAGAGACCAGCCUGGCCUCCAAACAUGAGAUCAGUAAAGAUGGCCCUGGCAUAUUUCCAGGAGGAAAGGAGAAAGAAUCAGUAUCUUUGCUGGUUGCAGAUUCCUCCACAACUUCACUGAAUGUAGUUCCAACUUUCAAUUAUGUGUCGGGAUCCCAAAGGAGAACCUCAAUAGCACAGGAUAUUUCAGAUCUACUCCAUCUCCAACCGUGUCUCUCCAUAGUCCAGGGAGGUCCACCUCUUCCUGCCAGCCUUCCAUCUGUUAACCCCAUUCCAGCCACUGAAAGAACAAAAGCUUUUCACUGGGAUAUUGUUCCUCAUGACAAGAUUCAAAAAUCCAUCUGGUCAACAUGUGACCCCCAGAAGAGAAAAAUCGAUGUGACAAGACUCUAUGACCAGUUCCACACUCUGAAUACCCCUGUGAUGUUGAACAGUAAUUUAUUAGGGAGCCAACAUCUUCUUUUAGAUCACAAAGUUGCCCACAACUUCAGUAUCUUUCUCAGAAAUUUUCACCUAAAACCUAAAGAACUACAGGGAAGACUCUAUAUUCUUCAUGAAGAAGCUGGUGGGCUUGCCUAUGAACAUAUUACAACACUCAGAAGAUAUGUUCCAACAAUUAAAGACAUUGAAAGGUACCAUUCUUAUCAGGGAUCCUCUUCAGAACUACACCUUGUUGACCAGUUUAUGUUAGAGAUGUGUAAAAUUCCUCAUUUAGACCAAAGGUUGGAGCUCUUGCUUAUGAUAAGAGAACUUCCAGGGUAUGUGAAAGAUCUUCAGCCUCUAUUAAACCAGAAAAUCCGAGCCUGCCAACAGUUGAAAGCCAGCCAGAUGUUUGUGGCUGUAUUAGAAUAUCUCUUAGCCAUCGGUAACUACUUAAAUGAGAAGGCUGGGAAAGAGAAAGCCAGAGGAUUUCGAUUAUCUUCUCUUUCUAAAUUGUCUCUGCUUCGAGGCAAGGAGAAGAAGUUCACCUUGGUCCAUGCCCUUGUGGAGCAGAUCCUCUUAUAUCAGCCCCAUUUGGCCAAGUUUCCUCAGGAACUAAUGGAAUUUGAAGAUGCUCCUGGAGCUUCUAUCAAAGGCCUCAUUGCUGAAGUGGAUGUUUUAAGGAAAGAAUUAGAAAAAAUUAUUCACUAUAAGAAGAUUAUCCAACCUAAGACUCUCCAACUUUCGGAACAGGAGAGCCAGUUCCAUCAAGAUCUUAAGGAUCUAAUUCAGAAAUAUGAAGGGGACCUUUGUCAGCUGUCAAAAAGAUGUGAUGAAAUGAAGAAACUCUAUGGUGACAUUCUGGAGCGGUUUGGGGAACGACCAGACCAGGACUCCCAAGAGCUCUUUGGAUGGAUAUCUGCCUUUGUUAGAGAAUUUAGAAAAGCCCAAGCAGAUCUGAAUCUUCAUGUGCCAAAGUAGCCAUCAUAUCAAGUCCUCCUCCUUUUCCUCCUCAGUUCUGAGUCUGUGAUUAUAGGAUGAUUCAUCAGUGCUUCUGUUUCAUCUCAGCUGUUUAUGAAGAUAUUGCUAAGAUGGUAUUAUAUUUC